AUGCAAAAUAAAUAUUCAAGAUAUUACGAUUCUGUUGUCGUGCCUGAAAAGUUGUUCAAAGUUAUCAUUAUUGGUGAUCCGACUGUUGGAAAAACAUCAUUCGUUCAAAGAUACGUUGAAAACACAUAUAAAAGAGAUUAUAAAGGAACUGUAGGGGUUGAUUUUGCUUUAAAAAUUUUAAAAUGGUCUGAUACUCAAACAAUAAAAUUACAAUUGUGGGAUAUUGCCGGUCAAGAAAGAUUUACUUGGAUGACUAGGGUGUAUUAUAAAGAUGCUCACGGUUGUGUUAUUAUGUUUGAUUUGACGAAUAAAAAUUCAUUUGUCAAUACAUUAAAAUGGAAAAGAGAUGUUGAUUCGAAAUGUAGUUUACCUGAUGGUAGACCCAUUCCCUGCAUGCUAUUAGCUAACAAGUGCGAUUUGUCAAGACGAUCAGUUGAACAAGUUGAAAUUGAAGAAUUUCACAAAGAAAAUAAUUUUUGUGGAUGGACAGAAACAUCAGCUAAGGAAGGAGACAUGGUUAAUGAUUCGAUGAAUGCAAUAACUAAUUUAACAAAUAUGAAAGUCAUGAACCAUGUUAAAAUGAAAAAACUAUCUUUUGCUAUUAUAUAA